GAGCCUCUCACAGUGUUGCUCCUGUCCAACCUUCACAUCUAUUUGCAUCCAAAAAACGCAAGGACAGUUUCUCUCGAGCUCAACGCUGGAAUUGGAACAGCAAUGGUAACAUAAUAUUUUAAUAGCGCCUUUGGAAAAUUCAAGAACUGUCCUCCACCCAUGCUGCCAAGAAGAAGAGAUGACCACGCAGAGCCUGAAAGGCAACAGGACGAUUAUGAGGAUGAUGAUGAGUAUGGAGACAUGUAUGAGGUGCCUCCCUGUGAGCGAACCAUUACUGUCCCACAGAUACCAAAGGAGGAAAACAUUUAUCUGGAGAGGACCUCCAGCCCUCCUCCUCAGAGACGGAUCCCUCCUCCUCUGCCAAACUUUUCAAAACACAUAUCUGGAGAUGUGUUCUUAAAUUCUCAAAACAUUAAACCACCUGAUGUGAACAGAACAGCCAAACCAGGGAGGAUGAAGAUGAGCGUGCCGCCUCCUCGACCAGACGAGGAAGUAUAUUUGGAUCCAACUGAAGAACAGGAAGACACUGAGGAUCUGUACUUGGAGCCAGAGGCAUGUGCUCUGCCUCCAAAAGAAGCAAAGAUGAAACCUUCCUUCUUCAAGUCAGCGCUCAUGUCUCCAGACCUAAAAAUGAAACUUCCUCUUCCACCAGACAGAUUGAGUUCACCCAUAGCAACAGCUCCAGAGGUUGAAGCGAGAAGGUUCAGUUUACCAAAGUCGACUCCUCCAGUUCCAGGAAAACCACGACCACCAACAAACCAAAAGGAAAGUCGCCCGGAGCCUCCUGUACUGGAGAAUAAACCUGUAGCGUCUUUUGGAAGUGGAAGAGUGAAAUCUCCUAAUGAGAACAGACAAUGGUUUGCUGGAGAUUGUAACAGAAAAAAAGCUGAGGACCUUUUACUGAGUGUUAAUAAGGACGGAGCUUUCCUGAUCCGAAACAGCUCGACACAUAACGCUCAUCAGCCGUACACUCUCGCCGUGUUAUACCAGCAUAAAGUGUACAACAUCCCUGUUCGCUUCUUGGGCGAUGCACAAGGAUACGCUUUAGGCAAAGAGGGAAAGAAGAACGAGGAGGUUUUUAGCACUCUGGAUGAGAUGAUUUCUUAUCAUCAAAACAACCAGCUGCUUCUGAUUGACAGCAAGAGCCAGGCCAAGCACACAACAUCUCUGACUUAUGCCGCUCAUCUGUGACUCCAGGCACCAGAGACUCGUCCACUAAACAAAUCUAUUUAUUUUAUAACAUUAUGAGCAUGUUUUUUACACUAUGGUUGUGUUUCAUCAUCUCAUCUUUAGGGUAGUAAAUUAGUAGAACGUUUAUAAAGCCUGAUUUUCCUUUUUUUUUGGGGUCAUUAUGUGAAUCGUACACUUUUUUCUAUACAUUUUCCUCUUCACAAAUGAGGCUGUUUAUAAUUUAUUGCACAAUAUGAUGCUGUAUCUUCAUAUUUUCUUGAACUGCAAAGCUAUAUUGUUUUACCCUACAUGUUUCAUUAACAUAAAUACAAUGCAAU